GCGAGAAGCCAUUUCUGGGGGCGGGUCUGGUAACGGAAAGGGGCGGGGUGCCUUUCGGAACUUGGACCUUGUGUCCCAGGCCACGGAGGUGGACAGCAGUCCCGACGCGAGUGCAGGCGGUGGGAGAUGGCUGAUUCUGAUCCUGGAGAAAGAAGCUAUGACAACAUGCUGAAAAUGCUGUCAGACCUGAAUAAAGACUUGGAAAAUUUACUAGAAGAGAUGGAGAAAAUCUCAGUGCAAGCCACGUGGAUGGCCUACGACAUGGUGGUGAUGCGCAGCAACCCCACACUGGCGGAGUCCAUGUGCCGGCUGGAGGGUGCCUUCCUCAGCUGCAAGGAGGAGAUGGAGAAGAACUGGCAAGAGCUGCUCAAUGAGACCAAGCACAAACAGUAGGCCCCCUGCCCACGCACGACCUGCGUGCCACCGCCUGCCAGUGUGGAGAGUCCUCUCUGUUUGGCAGAGUAACAGUAACCAUAAUAUAUUAACUGUAUGAACCAUACUUGUUUUUCAAUAAACUUAUUUUUAAGAACAA